AUGAAGUCCGCCUUUUUUACGCUUCUGCUCUUUACCUUCGCGCUUGCUAAACCUCUAGAACCUAGGGCAAACGACAUGACCGUCAAGUUUUGGAUUAAAGCAUUCAUCCCACUCAAGGUGGACGGUGUCACCAAAGAAUAUCCAAAAGAUAAAAGCAAGUCCAUGAUCGAGGGAAUUCCUAUUUUUGGAGAUUGUUUUUUGACCGAUCAACGAUCUUUCAGCAACGACAUCAACGCAAAAGCUAGAAUGCAUUCUGAAGUUAUUGUCACGUUCUCGGGUUCAGGUUAUAAAUUGCAACAAAUGCAUAAAUGCGACGAAACAACAGAAGUUGAUUGCGAAGAUGGUGAUGUGGAAGGCAAGAAAACCCAAAACAAUAAGGACAUGAGCUUCUCCUUAAAGAGCGGGUCCUAUGAGAGAGUUGAGCUUAGAUUUUCUGCCGCCCGAAAUAAUCCUUUAGUUACGGGUUCACCAGAUAUUGACUUAAAAGGUACCUUGGUCAUUGAUCGUAAGAAAAAGAUAUUCAGCUUUAAGGGAAAGGUUGAUGAUUUCCCUGCGUUCGAGGCUUAUGCUAGGGUUAACAAUGGGCCGAUAAGGGUAAUCUCUCAGCUCGGUCCUAAGCCGGGGGCUGGUCCAAUUUCAUUGUUUGGCGGUGCAAAUCGUGAAUUUGCAGGAGAAUUCGCAUUCAAUUCUGCAGGAAUAAAGAGCCAAUCCAAAAUAAACAAAACCUUUAAAAUUACUAAAAAAAAUAAUCGUAACAAUAAGGUUACUGAUAAAAAUGUCAACGAUGCAUUAGGCAGAGUUCCCACAGACUUGACAGAUGAAAGCUUGCCAAGCAUUACUGAUAUUUUGUCCAGAUCAUUUGUUGCAAAUAUUGCUAAACAAAGCACUUUAGAAAGCCAACUAAAUAAUGAGAGUGAUACUAAUCUGUGGAAUAACAUUUCAACUAAUUAUUUUACCAAAUUAAAGUCAAUCAGUAUCUCAUCAAAUGAUAGUUCUUUCUCCGAAAAGGAAAGGAGCGCUAACCACAUUAGAAAAAAGAUUAUUAAAGAAAAAGACACUCCAGAAAGCGUUGAAAAUAGUCAAAAUGAGCAGCAUAUUUUGACGAAUAAUAGUCAAUACCCAAUUGUUCUAAUAACAGAAGUUCCAAUAAGUAGCGAAACUGAUAAUAUCGGCGAUGUUUUAGAUACUUCAGAGUCGGAUUACGAUGAUAAUUUAAAUAACAAUGGAAAGCGAAAAGCAUUGGACAAACAAGAGCGAUCAAAGUCAACUUCUAUAAAUUCUACAACAUUGAAAUUUAAUGGAUCGACUACUUAUAGUAAAAAGCUAUCAGAUUAUGUGAAGAAAUUGAAUAACCUAAGAAAAAUAAAAGGAACGUCCAAUAUUUUUGCAUCAAACACAAAUAAUCUGGCUGGAGUGUAUUCACAACCAAUCGAAAAGUAUUUUAACGUAGAUUCAACACAAGUAUCAUUAGAGCCAUUGCUACAACAGAUGAAAGAUAUUGACAGUUGUGUAAUAUAUCUUAAUUUAUGGGAUAAUCACUAUGAAAAUUGUCAAAAAGAGAUCACAAAUCAGCACUAUAAAAUGUUAAAACUUGUUUAUUCUUUAUCUGAAGUCUUUUUUGUCUUGCUGAUAAUUUGUCAACAAGAGCAACAAAAAGAAAUGAGCCAAAUUGCAUUGGAUAAGACUACAGAUAAUUGGAAAGCAUGCUGGAGGCUACAUCACUUCCUAUAUGUGACUAAUGUUUCACCAAGUGAAAUGAUAGAAGUCAAGUUAAAUGCAAAAUUUUUUUUUGAAGCAAGUGAAAAAGAAUACAAUUUCUUGAUAAAAGAAUUAUUAAAAACCCCAGAAUUUCCUGAAUUUUAUAAUCCUAAAGGUGAAAAUAUAUUAGAAUUAGUAAAUAUUGCAAAGAACAUUUGCAUAAUUUAA